AUGAUUUUCCUAGUUAGUCAAAAACGCCCAACUCGAGAGAUUGAUUACAAUAUAAUUCUUCAAACAAAGUCCAUAUUGCUGUCUUGUCUAUUAAAAAAUAAAUCCUCGGCCUUAACGGCAACAUUCUUUGUCACUCCAACAUCUCAAGGCACCAAAAUCAGAGAUGCCAAGCAGAGUGUCUUCAUACAUGUCCAGCCAGUCGGACAACAGUGCCACAGUACGGAAGCGCUUUUCAAGUGGGAGUUACAUCAUCUCCAUUCCAGGAGUGCUCAAAUUCUUGCUUAUUGUGAUUUUCCUGGUCAGUGGGAUAAUUUACGUCAGUUCAUCCAGGUGCCCGAACUCACCUGACUGGGACCAAAUUUUAUUCCCGGCGGUGAUGUUCUCCAUCACUUUCAUCUGGUUAGUUCUUUACGCCGUUUUUCUCCUCGCCAUUGCCAAAAGAAAUCUCGACCUUUGGGCUCUCUUGGAUGUGGUGUUAUCUUCGGUGGCGGCGAUUUUGGUUGUGGUGAUCUGCAUUUUGAGCAUCACCAACUGCUCAGCUGGAGACCCCAUUCACGCAGUCCCCGCGCCGGUGGCUUUGGCCGGGGCGAUUUUUUUGGCGGCCAAUGCUGCUGCGACCUACAUAAUGUGGAAGUACCAAAAGGUUCCAGCGCCCGAGAGGCCCGACUUUAUCAAUCGAAUGGCCAGGAGGUUCACAAUUGAAGCUUAAAUCAAGACUGAAUAUUUUUAAGAAAGAAAAACCCAAACUUUUUUUAUUACAAAUGUCGCAAUUUGCUUUUUAUUGAGGGGGUUGGAAUUGAACACGUCUUGACGUAAUAAUAAUAUAGAGUUCCAAACAAAAUAUUCAAUUCGACAAAUAAAAUAAUUUAUCCUAUA